ACAGAUUGUGGUCGUCUUAAUUCCAUCUAACUCAGUUGUAAGCUGAACUUAGACGCGAGCGGUCGUGUCUCAUCCAUGUGAUAACACAAAAAAAUAAUUUCGUGAAAAGUGAAAUAAAAAUGAUGGAGAACUUAUCUCCUAUCAUCGAAAAGUUAAGCAAAACAUUCAGCCAAGUCUCAACACUGCUGGGCAUACAAUGGGCUCCCAUGGACAUCCCCAUGUCCCGUCGCCUUCAGACCUUCGCCGCUUUCCUUUGGAUCUACCUGAUACUCUUUGGUGAAGCCUUCGCAAUAUAUCUCUUCAUUCAACUGGUGUACUCCAAGUAUUGGUGGGCUGUACUUAUUUAUGGAGUAUGGAUGCUGAAUGAUAUUGAGAUUUGCAACCGUGGGGGACGAUCGUCAGAAUGGGUGAGAAAUUGGAUAUGGUGGCGGUACCUAGCCGACUACUUUCCAAUCAAGCUAGUGAAGACUGUUGACUUGGAUCCAUCUAAGAACUACAUGUUCGCAUGCUUCCCCCACGGUGUUAUAUCCCUUGGAGCCUUUAGCAGUUUCUGCACAAACGCCACAGACUUCAAAAAGCUGUUCCCUGGCAUGACUUGCCAUCUCAUCACUUUAGGAGGACAUUUCCUAGUUCCAUUCUUCAGAGACUUGGCCUUAGCACUUGGAAUCUGCUCGUCUUCAGAACAAAGUCUCCUAUACCUGUUAGACAAGAAGAAGUAUGAAGGGAACUGCGCUUGCAUGAUCAUUGGAGGUGCUGCUGAAGCUUUGGAUGCUCAUCCGAAAGAGUAUAAAGUGAUUCUCAGUAGGAGGAAAGGAUUUAUUCGUGUUGCGAUGAAGUCUGGGGCUGCCCUAGUUCCAGUGUUCUCCUUCGGCGAGACGGAUCUGUUCCGUCCCCCGAACAACCCUGAGAACAGCCUGCUGCGUAGAUUCCAGGAGAAAGUGCGACAGAUCACUGGGAUCUCCCCCAUGUUCCCCAUGGGACGAGGACUGUUCCAGUAUUCUUAUGGUGUACUGCCGAUCAGGGCGCCUGUCACUACUGUUGUUGGAGCACCAAUGGAAGUGAAAAGGAACUUGGAGCCGACAAACGAAGAGAUAGACGCCGUACACGCAGAGUUCACACAGCGACUCCAGACUCUCUUCGAAACGGAAAAGGUGAAAUACCUGAAGUACCACGAAGAAGCCAAGCUAGUCAUCACGUAGGCAAUCUGUUUUAUUUUGAUUUAAAUCCGCCAUGUACAAUAAGGAUUCGAAGAACAAAUUAAUAUAGCGAUGGUUGAGAGGCUAAUUGAUCUAAGAUACAUUUUUUUGCGAAAUUGAGUUAUAUGUACAUCAUUCGAUGGAGAAAAAAUCGGUGAUUCCGAAUAUGUAUAUAAAUUAAUAUAUAAUAUAAAAAUAGGUCGGGUUACCUUCCCGACGCUAUAACUCCAGAAGUCACGAACCGAUUUCUACAGUUUUGCAUUCGUUUGAAAGAUUCGGGCUGAGGUUUAUAGCAAAGAAAAUUCGGGAAAUCUUCAAGAGAAAAGCAGGAAAACGGAAACCUAUUGGUGGCGACACGAUGUUCGCUAGUAUUGCAUAAAAAUGUCGCUUAGAUUACUAUUAGCCUUUAAACCAUCGAUAGACAGUUAAUACAUUUUUCACAAAAUGUGAUUGGCUCAAAAAUAGGCAGUACAUUAUUACGGUUUGAAUAUUCUUGGUGGUAACUGUGAUGAUUCGAUUUUAUCUACGAAUUCAGUACUUUUUUGAAAGUAUUAGUAUCAUGUAUCUAUUUCUUUAUAACUGAUAUUUCUAUGUAUAAAUAUGUUAAGUAAAAAUUGGAACUAUUAAUUCUACUUUCUAGAAGUUUAGUGAUCGGUUCGGUAAUCAACUGCUAGAAACCAUUUUCAUAUCUACUUCUGUUAUAUAAUAUCAUUGAAUUUAUUUAAGUUAAUAUUCAUUAUUUAAUUUUAAAUUUCUUACAAUUUUACCUAAAGUAAAUCAGUUAUCUACAUCAUUAUACAUAUCGGUAAGAUCGGGUUUCUUUGACACUAGUGGGUAACUUUGACCCAAAUUCUAUAACCAAUAGGAAUCCAGAACAAAGCGUAUAAUAAUAUAUUAGUUUUUCAUUGGUCUAAAAGUUUGGGUCAAAGUUACCCCUAGGGUCAAAGAAACCCGAUUUUACGGUACCUACUUUAGUAGAAUUACUAAUGCCUUUGAAUCAUAGACUGAUUGAUAUUAUAAUAAUUAUUAUUAAUUAGUUGUAAGUUUGUUACAAAAGGGUAGAUUAAUAAAAUAUUUUUGAGCGUUCAAAA